AUGGAUCCGUCCCAUGAAAUGUCAGAAUCUGGCCGAGACGACAACGGGACGAGGCCGAUUACUCCCACUGGCACGCUUUUCUCAGAUGUAGGUCUGGGCAUGGUAGCAACGCCGACUAAAGUGCAACGACCAGCGUCAGCAGCAAGCCGUCGGUCAGCAGUUGACAGCCCCAAGCGCAGCUCCUCUCCAAGCAGUGAUCGAGAAUUCGAUCAUGUAGACCGGCACCAUCAAGUGACUUCGCAUGCCAUCGACUUUAGCCUAGAAACUGUUGUCCAACAAACUCGAUUGGUAGGAGUGCCCAGUAAUGGGUCACACCAUCGACCGAGGGCUCCGAAUGACGAAAACAACGAUGUGCCCAUGGACGAAGGCGGGCAAGCACAACGUCACACAGAAAAGGAUAGGCAAGAACAUAGGAACAGGGAGCAUACGGAGAAUCGCUUUGACAACAUAUUGCUCGAGGCAGAAAAGCUUCGCAUUGACAAUGUCGCACUUAAGAAGGAGCUAAAGGGUCUAGAGGAAUAUUGCGAAAAGCAACAGCGCGAGAUCGACGUUUGUCAGGAGAAGCAAAUAGCAACUCAGCGACUCGCUGAAAAUCGCCGACGGGAGGCCGUGGAUAUCAAGAGAUUGAAGGGCUAUGUCGAUAAAGAGCUAGCCGAAUCACAAGCAGAAGUCCGGACGCUGGAGGGCGAGAUUGCAAAGCUUCGGUUGCAAAAGCACAAGCUUAAUGACGCAGAGUGGAAAUAUAUGGGAGAUAUGUAUGGUGAACUUGAACAAAAGAAAGAGGAGGUCAGCUCCCUACUGAAUGAAGUCCAGCAGCUUCGUGAGUCAAGAGAGCUGUCUGAAAGGGCACGGAGAAAAAGUGAAGGUCAGCUCAAGAAGUUGCAUGGACAGAUGAAGCGCACCUUUAAAUGGAUCCAGGAGGCACACAAACAACAGGCUCAGAGAGAUAUGGAACAAUUCCGGUUCCACGAUGCACAUUUCUCGAGCCUCCACAGGCGACGACCUUCAACCUCCCGCGGUUCCGUUCAAACAUCGGCCACACAGCAGGAGACCCUCGGUGAGUUCAUGUUCUCGCAGCCUCAAAGUGUGACCAGCCAGUCACUAGUUUCGUCUGCGCGCCAGAGCCUCGCAAGCGAAAAGGCUCUCUUCUCUAAGUCACAAACCUUCCCCAGCGGCAUGACCAGCCCUCUUGUUCUGGGAAUGCCUCCUAGGGCUCCGCGUGUCCCUGCAACUUCGCAAUCGACAUCCGUGACAUCUGAGAGCAUCACAGGAAAUCGGAUGCCAACGACAAAAAGGGUUUCAUUUCACCCCCUGCAAACCCCGUCCGGGCCGCAGAGUGCGCCAAUUCGUCGGCAGUCUGAUCCUUCCCUCAGGAGAAGCAGUCUCAAGAAGCCAUCCUCGUUGCGGAACUCAAUGAUCCCUGGUAGAGUUUAUCAAGGGGAACCUGCUCUGGUGAAAUAUUAUCAAUGGUCAUUGACCCCGUUCGAAAAUGAUGAGGCUCCGGCAGGGAGAACCGUGGCAGGUCGUUCUUUGUCCAUGCCAAUUACACAGAAAGAGCAUGCAGAGCUUCGCGCGGCAUUGCACUCUACGACUCCACUGCGCAUUAUAUGGGACAAUUCUAGACCUCCUGCGGUCUCUGAACCUGAGCCCGUAACAACUACAGUCGGAUUCGUGCCGAAACCGGGAUCACAAGGCAGCCUCACGGUCAAACCCGAUCACACACGAGAGAGCACCUUGCACCAUGCCUCAAUCAUCCCAGGGUCCGCAAACCAUCUUUCUCGUGCUUCGACAGAUAGAGUACGAGAUUUACUGGCUGCAUCUGAAGCCAGGAUAGUAGUUUCACCAAUCGGACCCCCAGUCUCCAGCUCGGUUCAUGCUGUCAAGGAUGGAACUGCAACUAGUAGCGCCAUCGAAUACCCUCCUAGUCCCGGAUUGAGGAAACGGCAGGGCGGUAUUUCAGCGAAAACGUUCUCCAUCCGGGAUCUUGAGCCUACGCAGAACUCAAGUCCAUCGAAAGUUCCUCUUCCCUGUGCCGGGCAAGACAAAACCAAGGAUGCUCAGCAAACGAUUUGCACCAGCUCCGAUUCAUUCGACCAGCUUGGUCGUUCCAAAUGCGUGAAGGGAUAUCGAUGCCAGAAAUCCCCAGUCAGAAAGACGACUAUAGCAAUGGCUACUGCGAUCUCAAUAAUCAUGGCUCUUUGUUCUCUGGCGCUGCUGGCAUCAUAUACCAACAAUUCGCCAACCAGGGCUCCUGUAUUUUGCACAGAGGCACGAGAACAUCAAGCCUCGUCUGUACCCAUACGCGCACGUCUUCUGUGUCCGUUAUUCUCUCUGGGUCACCAAGGACAGCGCGAAAUAUUCGCCAAGACAAAGACCGUGACAGAUUGGCUGGCCGAUACCUGGAUAUCGACGUCGACCGAGACGGAAACCCUCGCGGAAAUCGCCAUGCAGACAUUGCGACAGAAACAAACCCAAACACAGACGCAGAUGGUAUUCAAGACUCAGACUGUUACAGAACCCUCGCUCCAGGCACAUACAGAAAUCAGGACCGAAACAGUGACUGUUUUUGUGGUCCUGUCUCCCUCACCGCCUCCAACAAGAUCUUUCAGAUCUCGAAUCCUUCCAUCGGAUUCUGAACCAAACCGCCACAACCAGAGCGCCGCCGGACCGGUUCCGGGAGCAACGCCCUCUCUAGAGCCAGAUGAGAACGGACAUUGGCCUUGUUCUUGUCCGGGUACGUCGAGCACUCCAUGUGGAAAGUCCAAUGCCACAUCCCUCUCUUCCUGGCAGCUUUCACGUCCAGGAGGAAGCAUUAACCCUACAGCACCUGAGAUCGACGAGCGCGCCAAAAAGGCCCGACAACGCAACUUGCACUUGCAACACAUUUACACCGGCCCAACGUACUUGGGUCUAGUGCCUCCCAUCCAACGACUCUUGGAGAUCCUGCAGUUCAAAAUUCUGGAGCUGCUGCUGGGUGGCGCCUGGGGCGCGAGAGAAUACUGA